CCAUUAGAAGUUGUGGGAGAUUUGACCAAAACGUCUGAUUUAAACAAUUUAAUCGAUUCUACUGUCAAAACGUUUGGCAAAAUCGAUGUAUUGGUCAAUAACGCCGGUAUCCUUAUCAAUACAAACAUCACUUCACCGGAUCUGUUAUCAGUUUGGGAUCAGAUAUUUGCCAUUGAUUUACGCGCUAUCGUAGAGAUCACUCACCGAUCGGUUCCACAUCUGGAGAAAACCAACGGAACUAUUAUUGAUAUCUCAAGUAUUCUCUCAAUGGCACCGUACAAGAAUGCUCUUGCCUUUUCAUCGGCUAAAGCAGGUCUGGAUAUGUUGACCAAAAUAUUAGCCCUGGAAUUGGGACCCAAAGGUAUUCGUGUCAAUACUAUUACUCCGGGUGCUAUACAAAACAGAGACACUCUGACACCCAUUGAAAAGCUUGCGGCCAAAUACACGCCAUUGGGAAGAGUGGGUCAACCCCUAGACAUCGCCCGUGCGGUUGCAUUCCUGGCCUCCACUGACGCACACUUUAUUACCGGCGCUAAUAUAGUGGUCGACGGCGGCGUUAGUAAACCACAUCUCAUACAGACUGCGGGAGUGAGAGCACCGGUAGGCGCGAGACAUCGGGUGUUUGUGGUGACUGUGAGCGGACACACAGUCGAGUCACCGACGGGUGUGUUAUCUCAAGACAUACACCACUUAACAACACAAUACCAGAGCCAAAACCUCGUGAGCGAUGGUCGCGGCGGCGUUUCCUAUUGUCAUGCAUGUACAUUGAUGUUUGGAUUGGUAUGUAUUGUGAGCGCAGACUAUCCUAUAGAGGACUAUAAAGCGGUCGCAAAGUCCCGAAACUUUACGGGUAGUGUAGUUGUAGUGACCGGUUCCUCGUCGGGCAUCGGAGAGGGAAUCGUUAAACUGUUCUCAAUAUUAGGGGCUAAUGUUGUGGUCACCGGAAGGACAGCACAGGACGUUCAACGAGUGGCGAAAGAGGUCCAGGAGUUAUCGCCGUUAAAAUUAAAGCCAUUAGAAGUUGUGGGGGAUUUGACCAAAACCUCUGAUAUAAACAAUUUAAUCGAUUCUACGGUCAAAACGUUUGGCAAAAUCGAUGUAUUGGUCAAUAACGCCGGUUUAUAUCCGACGACAAACAUCACUUCACCGGAUCUGUUGUCAGUUUGGGAUCAGAUAUUUGCCGUCGAUUUACGCGCUGUCGUAGAGCUUAUCCACCGAUCGGUUCCACAUCUGGAGAAAACCAACGGAACUAUUAUUGAUAUUUCAAGUGUCUUAUCUCUUGCACCGACAAAAACUAUGUUAGCUUAUUCAUCGGCUAAAGCAGGUCUGGAUAUGUUGACCAAAAUAUUAGCCCUGGAAUUGGGGCCCAAAGGUAUUCGUGUCAAUACUAUUAAUCCGGGUACUAUACAGAACAGAGACACUCUAACACCCGUUGAAAAGCUAUCGGCCAAAUACACGCCAUUGGGAAGAGUGGGUCAACCCCUAGACAUCGCCCGUGCGGUCGCAUUCCUGGCCUCCACUGACGCCCACUUUAUUACCGGCGCUAAUGUUGUGGUCGACGGCGGCUUUGUAUAUAAUUUGGGUGUUGGUAAUACAUUGUAAACUGUGUUAAACAAUCGCAUUGUGUUAAUGUUAUAA